CUGAAAGAAGACAUCCAAGACGUAACCACUAAACUUGGCGAGUCUGGCACUCUGACCUGCGGCAUCAUCGGCAGACCUCUGCCCGAGAUCAAGUGGUACCGCUAUGGCAAGGAGCUGAUCCAAAGCCGCAAGUACAAAAUGAGCUCAGAUGGCCGUAACCACUCCCUGAGCAUCCUGACCGAUGAGCAGGAAGACGAGGGCCUGUACACCUGCAGAGCCAUCAACGAGGCUGGUGAGAUAGAGACCAGCGGCAAGCUCCGUCUGCAGGCGGCGCCCCAGUUCCACCCGGGCUUCCCCCUCAAGGAGAAGUACUAUGCCGGGGCCGGCACCAGCCUCCGCCUCCACGUCGUCUACAUCGGCCGUCCCAUUCCACAGAUCAUGUGGUUCUACGGCAAGAAGCCCCUGAACCCGUCUGAGGGUGUAAUUAUUGAGAACACAGAAAGCUACACCCACCUGGUGGUGAGGAACGUCCAGAGGAAGACCAACGCUGGUCGCUACAAGGUGCAGCUCAGUAACAAGUUUGGAACCAUCGACACUGUUCUGCGUGUUGAAAUCCAAGACAAACCCUGCAUGCCAGAGGGCCCUCUUGUUGUCGAUGCCUUGCUCAAGAGCUCGGUUAUCAUCAGCUGGAAGGUUCCAAAGGACGAUGGCGGGUCUGUGAUCACCAACUACAUUGUGGAGAAACGUGAGGCCAAAGAGGGAGAGCAGUGGAACCUGGUGUCCUCCUCUGUGCCCGGCACCACCUGCCGGGUUCCCAACCUCAUCGAGAGCGCCGGCUACUACUUCAGAGUCUCUGCUCAGAACCAGUAUGGCGUCAGCGAGUCUCUGGAGAUCCCAUCAGUGGUCAUCAUUAAGAGUCCAUUUGAAAAACCCGGCAUUCCUCAGCAGCCCUUCAUUAUCAGUUCAACCCGGGACUCCUGUGUUGUGUGCUGGAAGCCCCCGAGCAGUGAUGCAGAGACCAACUUCGAAGUCAAUGGCCUGAUUGAGGGCUUUGAGUACGAGUUCCGGGUCAAGUGUAGGAACAUGGGCGGUGAGAGCGACUGGAGUGAGAUCUCCGCACCCAUCAUUCCCAAGUCCGAACAGGCCCCUCGUGCUCCUGCAUUCAGAGAGGAGAUCAGAGACAUGAAUGUCAAAUACCAUGCCAAUGCCACCUUUGUCACCAAGGUGGUGGGACAUCCAAAACCUGUGAUCAAAUGGUACCGCAGUGGAAAGGAAAUUCAAGCAGAUGGAACAAAGAUCAAAGCUCAGGAAUUCAAGGGCGGAUACUACCAGCUGGUCAUCACCACUGCUGAUGAGAGUGAUGCUACGGUUUACCAAGUCAGAGCAACCAACCCGUCCGGAUCCAUCUCUGCAACAGCCAACCUGGAGGUGGAAGUUCCUGCAAAGAUUCACCUGCCCAAAGAGCUCCAGGGAAUGGGCGCCGUGCACGCUGUGCGUGGCGAGACCAUCACCAUCAAGAUCCCCAUCACUGGAAAGCCCGAGCCAGCAAUCAUUUGGCAGAAGGGUCAGGAGAUCCUCUCCAACUCUCCAUAUCACCAAGUCAUCACCACCAGGUCUUUCACAUCCCUGGUAUUCCUGAAGGGAGUUCAGAGGAAGGAUACUGGCUACUACGCCAUCACAGCAAAGAACAGGUUUGGAACAGAUAAGCAAACCAUUGAGGUGGAUGUGGCCGACAUCCCUGAUGCUCCAAAGGGUCUUGUGGUGAGCGACAUCUCAAGGGAUUCCAUCACACUCACCUGGGAGCCGCCCGCCAAUGACGGUGGAAGCAACAUCAUCGGCUAUGUAGUUGAGAAGUGUCCCACCACUGCAGACCGGUGGAUCCGAGCCGGCCAGACUGUGGACUGCAGCUACACCAUGAUUAAUGUAUUUGGAAAAACAAAAUACCAGUUCCGCGUCAUUGCAGAAAACCAGUUCGGCCUGAGUGCUCCUUGUGCACCGACUGAGCCAAUCACGACAAAGGAAGACAAGUCUGUAAUCAGAAACUAUGACGAGGAGGUGGACGAAGCCAGAGAGGUCACCAAAGAGGAGGCUUUGUUCUACAAGGUGAAGGAGCUGUCCUCCAAGUACGUCAUCUCAGAGGAGCUGGCCCGCUGCCAGUUCGGAGUGGUCCACCGCUGCGUGGAGAUCGCCACAAAGAAGACUUUCAUGGCCAAGUUCAUCAAAGUCAGAGGCACUGACCGUGAGAUAGUUCUCAGGGAAAUAGAGGCCCUUAAUGUUGCAAGGCACAAGAACAUCAUCUAUCUGCAUGAGUACUUUGAAAGCAUGGAGGAGAUCAUUCUGAUCUUCGAAUUCAUGUCUGGAGUCGACAUCUUUGAACGCCUCGGUACCAGCAACUUUGAGCUCACGGAGCAGGAGAUUGUGCGCUACCUGAGACAAGUGUGCUCAGCUCUGGAGUUCCUGCACAGCCACAACUUUGGUCACUUUGAUAUCCGCCCAGACAACAUUGUCUACGCAACCAGGAGAAGUACCAACAUCAAGAUCAUUGAGAUGGGUCAGUCUAGGCUCCUGGUGCCAGGAGAAAACAUCAGAAUGCUGUUUUCAGCCCCGGAGUAUUACGCCCCGGAAGUCCACCGCCACGACCUGGAGCACGAGGGGCCUGUUCGGACUUGGGAAUGA